GGGACAGUUCCCUCUGCUUGCAGGUAGGUGCAAGUGUUUCUCUCCCACAAGUAGAGACAAUGGCAGCCCUCAGCUCUGUCCUGAAACAUCUGCUGCUAUUGCAGCUGCUGGGCCUCCAGGUGAUACUUUUUUCAGGCUUGGUUGUAAGUGCCCCUGAUGACUGCACCUUUCCUGAAAAGACGAACACAACCAUCAACCUCUCCGUCAAGGCAGAUUCCAACAUUUACAAAACCAAUAAAACUUACACAGUGACUUUUUCUCAGAAUGAGAACUUAUAUUCUGUGAUCCUGCAAGCUGUGGACAAGUACAACAAGUCAAUUGGCCAUUGGGAAAAUCCUGAUCACCUGUGCAAUGACUCUGUCUUCUACCAAGUGAAGAAUUUCAAUAGAACCAGCUUCCAGGCAAAUUGGACAUCCCCUCAUAACUCAGACAUCAAUGAAGUUGAAAUACGAGCCUUUACCUUCUAUUUCAACAAUGGAGCCACCUUCUCUUCAUUCAAACUGUUCAGAAAAGCAUCAACCCCAUGGCUAAUCACUCCCAAAAGCUCUGCCCAGACAGUCUAUAGCAAUUUAUUCAUUGACAUCAUUCAGUCCCUGUUCGUCUAUUUCAGCUGCAAACUGAUCUCCUAAAGAACCAUGUACUCUGGCACCAUUUACCUUCUUUUCCUCUUGAGCCAAGAUGUGAAGACCAUGUGAAUGAAUGUUCCACAUUGCCACAAUGUAUGACUGUUACAAUGUAAGUCUGACUGUAGCAGAGACAGAAAAUUCACUCCACACACAGUGCUAGGGAUCUGACAAUCCCACUAGAUGGUAAAAUUAAGCUAUGUAAAAUAGCCAAAUAGAUCUCUGGAACUGGAAAUUAGGCUUUUUCUUCUUCUAUCCAGGCAAGCCAGGUAAAAAAAAAGGCAUGGAUGAUAGCAGUAGCCAUUUGGCCAGAGUGUAAAUUAAGGUUGUUCCUGAAUUAUCACUUUGAUGGCCAACCUCACUCGCAUCCAAGCCUUACUUGGUGCCAAAUGAUUCCCCGGUAGCUUUGAAAGUCAUUGAAGGAAUGGCCAGGAGGGACAAAUUUCUGGUCCAAAUUUAUCCAGACUAUUUAAAAUGUUUUCAUUUGAUAGCAUUUUUAAUUUAUUGAGGAAGAAAGUAAAUGAGCUGAAAUCAGUCCUUCUGCUACUGGAAAACUCUCAUUUCCUUCAAACUGGCAGAUUUGUGAAGGGCAACAUAGGAAAAGACAAUGUUUGGCCAACCAGUCUGGAGAGAUAGAGAGAAAAGGCAGAGAAUGAUAAUUUUAAAAAUUAAUUUUUUUAUUUCCAAUUAAAUUUUUUUAAUAUUGUACCCCGUGAAUUAUAAGAAUAAACUAGAUAAAUUGAUACAAUAAAAAAAAUCCUAACAUAAUCCCCUAUUCAUUUUCACUUACAACAGAGAAUAUGACACCAAUUUCUUAUUUAUAAAUCAGGGCAUUAGGAAAGUGGAAUUGUGUAUUUUUUGGUUUCAAUGUUUGUUUUGGGGUUGUUUUUUAAGUUCAAGGCCAGAUACAAUGGUUGAUAAUAUCUCAACAAUCCUUUUCCUACACACCAGACUACUGGCCAUUUCCCCUUCCAAAUAAUUUUUUUAGGAAAAUUUGCGUAAUUUGUAUACAUAAAGAAGAUACAAGAAUCCUAAAAUCAAAUUUAUUACAAGCCAAAAACUCUUGUGCUAUAUAUUGAAUAAAGAUUUUUGUUUUCGUUUAACAUAUGCUACAAAUGAUCAGAUUUCUUUCAUAACCUAAUAAACCAUCAUUCUUUUCCA